CGACGACUCUCGUUAUGCCGCUUCCAUUUGAGAAUAGGUUAACUUAACCAGUUUGUGAGAGUGAGACCAACUGUGAUCAUGCGGUGGUUGUACGUCCUUUCUUCGCGAGAUGGAUACGUAAAAACGUGAUGUAAACAAAAAACACAACAAAGAAAAAUAAUGUAAUAAGUUGCGAAAUGGUAGUAGGAGAAAAACUAGUCAAAAUGUUUCGUACAACUUUCUGUUUGUUGCUUCUCGUCAAAGUGGCCACUCUUCAGAGUAACUCGCGGAUCACCACGGAGAUUGAUGAUAUUCUACCUCACCACGAUAGAUGCCAACCGAUCACAGUGCCUUUCUGCAAAGAUAUCCCGUACAAUGAGACGAUUCUUCCGAAUAUGCUGGGACACGCAACCCAGGAAGAAGCCGGGUUGUUGGUUCACCAAUUGUUCCCCUUGAUGAAGAUAAAUUGCAGUGUACACUUCCAGUUUUUUAUGUGUUCAGUGUUCUUACCUGUGUGUACGAUCUUAGACCACCCCUUGCCGCCAUGCAGACCGUUGUGCUUGGCCGUCAAGGCAGGAUGCGAGGUUAUCAUGAACAAAUUUGGUUUCGAAUGGCCCCAGUACUUGGCUUGUGAACAGUACCCCAUGAAUUCCUCGAGUACCAAUCUUUGCGUACCGGGAAACGUUACCGAGACUGUCAAUUACAACCACGAUAUCGCGUUCGAGGAUACGGAAGUGACCAAAUACAAGAACCCCCAUCGUGGUACCAAAGGCAGAGGGAGGGAUAUAGGAUUCGUAUGUCCUGAACAGUUCAAAGUCCCUGAAAUAUUGGAAUACUCCUUCAAGGUUGGCGACAGGGUGGAGAAGAACUGUGGCGCGCCUUGCAAAAUGAUGUUUUUCAGCGAAACCAAGAGGCAGUUCGCCAAAGUUUGGAUAGGAAUAUGGGCCAUAAUAUGUUCAGUCAGUUGUUUGUUCACGGUCUGCACUUUUUUGAUAGACAACGACCGGUUCAGGUACCCGGAACGACCGAUCAUCUUCCUCUCCCUUUGUUACCUCAUGGUAGCCAUAGCUUACGUGAUAGGUUUCCUAGCAGGUGAUUCCAUAGCUUGUCGUGAACCCUUCCCAUCCAAACAUGGUACCAUAACGGUCAGUACCAUAACGCAAGGGACCAAAUACGAACUGUGCACUAUCCUAUUCAUGGUGUUGUAUUUUUUCACCAUGUCCUCGAGUAUUUGGUGGGUGGUGCUGACACUCACCUGGUUCUUGGCCGCCGGUCUGAAAUGGGGCCAUGAAGCCAUAGAAGCGAAUUCCCAGUACUUCCAUCUGGCUGCGUGGGCCAUACCUGCUAUCAAGACGAUCGCCAUAUUAGCUAUGGGCAAGGUAGACGGUGACGUCUUGAGCGGGGUAUGCUACGUAGGAAUUUGGAACAGAGACGCCCUCAGAGUGUUCGUCAUGGCCCCUUUUUGCGUCUACCUAGCCUUCGGUCUGAUCUUCAUAACCGUCGGUUUCGUCUCGCUCUUCAGGAUCCGCACAGUGAUGAAGCACGACGGUACCAAAACCGACAAACUGGAGAAACUCAUGAUAAGAAUCGGUAUUUUCUCGGUUUUGUACACCGUACCGGCCGUCGUUAUCAUCGGUUGUUUGUUCUACGAACAUUUCUAUUUCGACGAGUGGAUGUUGACGUGGACCAGGGACAUGUGCAAGAAGCACACCAAGUACGCGGUGCCGUGCCCGAGGGCGGAAAAACACCAGUACUUAAGUCCGCAGUUCGAGGUGUUCAUGGUCAAGUACCUCAUGUACAUGAUCGUCGGCAUUACGUCCAGCGUUUGGAUAUGGUCGGGGAAAACCAUGCACAGUUGGAAAGUUUUCUUCCACAAACUGCAGAGGAGGCAUGUCGAGGCUUAUGUUUGAUUAAUUUCUUUUUAGUAUUCAAAAAAUACGCUGUUCUCUGCGUUGAAUGGUGCUAAUUUAUGGAGAAAUUCAAGUAAUACCUCGAUUUUGUUCCGAAUGAUGAAAGGUUUUCCAAAAUAUGACUGAUUGAAUUGCAGCUUUAUAGAGUUUAGUUUACGAACUUGACGUCAAACCGAAAAGUUGGAAAUAACGUACAAAUAUACAUUGAUAAAAUAUUUUCAUAAGCGAGCAGAUUAGAUGCUUAUUGAAAGUCCGAAUUUGUACGUAAGCAUCAUUAUUAUACUUAAAUAAUAAAGAAAUAAAAAAAUUUCCUUAUACAUCUAGAACUGUCCAUUUAAUUUUCGACUCAAAAACUAACUGAUUGAUCAAUAUCGAUGAAAACUUUUGUUACAUCAACCAAUGUCGAAAAUGCUCUAAUUUUUACAUCAUUAAUAAUCGCUCAUUUAUUCAAUUUUCUCUAGGAUCCUAACAGCAAAUAUCCCUUAUUUGAUGAAUGCUUAGCCUGCAUUCUUCCGUCCAAAUUAACUUUCUUUAAUUAACCAGCGGACAAAUAAUGACUCAACUUAGAUAAACGAUGAAUAGUAUUGACCUUUUGUGACGUAUUAAUUGUAUAUAUUAUGUUUAAUGCAAUUCCAAAAAUUUUCAACUUGUUCACGUUGAAUAUAGCUUUUUAGUUUUCAGCGUCCCAUUUUAUGGGGCCAUUGUAGCAUAAUGAAAAUAUCGAAUGUUUUAUUCUGUUGGACUGCUGCUACCAAACUGAUUUUAAUGUAAUAUAAACUUGUAAAUAUUUGUAAACCGUCUUUGAACCCUUGAAAUGUGUAAGAAACUACUUAUUUCAAUUGACAAAUCUUUCUUGCAAUGUUCCAAUUACUUCCAUAUUUUUGUAUUCCUGAUCUUACAUGAAAUCUCAUAGUUUUAUUCGUAUCUUCAAAAUCUUUAUUGGUAAUAUGAUAUAUUUUUAUCACCUUUUUUAUAUCAGAGUAAUAUUGUGAUGUGAAUAUAUUUGUCAAUUUCGCCUUCUCAAUAUUCAGGUUGAAAAUAUUUAUUUAUAUAUUAAAAUUUUGAAUAGAUGAAGUUGUUAUGAAGACAAAAUAUACAAAUUACUGUUUCUUA